GCUGCGAGUCGAAGCCAGCCAGCCAGCCCUGCACAGGUGGCUACGGGCACGUAUGCUAAUCACUGUCAAAAGCAAGCGACAGAUUGAGGCGAUACAAUCACGAUAAUAAGGCGCGGAUUAUGCGCUGCCAUUAAACACAAUAUCAGCGCGGUCCGUUCAUCUGACAUCUGGUGGGGCCGGUGAACGUGCUCACACAUGCAAUUGUUGUGGGCUGGCCGCCGUGUGCAUGUGCUUGGUGUGGGUCUGUAUGUGUUAGGAGCUACAUAAAGGCGAGGACAGACGAACCACCCCUCAAACCGUCUUGUGAAAAGCUGGCUGGCAUUACUUAUUAGCCGGUCUACAGAGAGGUAAAUUCGCCUAGAAUCAAUAACGACAAACCAGAGCAAGCACUGCUAACCCACACAGGAAGCACCAGACCUCGGUCGGGCGCGAAUUUCGGUCAAUCUGUUUUCAUAUUUUAUUGCCCCGUAAAAACGAAGAAUAAUCACGGAGGCGUUUACAUUGGAGACAAACCUGCGCCGCCACCGAGAACGAACUGAUGAUUGGAUGUUGAAAAAAGAAGGAGGGAAAAAGCCGGAAAACCUUUCCAGCGUCGUGGUUUUCUGAUGAACCGAACACAGGGUGAAACCCUACCGAGUUGUGUCCACACGCUGAGCUACUCAACCAGCUGGGCCGGGAUUGCAUUGCUAAGAGCGGACGAGGCGAUCGUUUUACCCUUUGGCUGUGAGCUGUUGGUGGGGUCGCCGUGGUAAUGGGCACGAGAUUACAUCCGCAUAUUGCGCAUCGCAUUAGGAAUUCUCCGGGACCGAAACAUCUGGGCUGUCUGACUUGAAUUGGCUCGUGUCGAGUGUUGGCAGGGCGGCUGGAUUACUCGUAACUGUCCGUUGUGUACACACACAUCGCACACAUACUGCACAUGUACACCCAAGCUCACAGCGUGCAAGACAUGCAGUCUUGCAGGACAGCGUGAUGGUUAUGCAUUGAUGAAUGAGCAAAUAACCUCAACUGUACGAUCUUCCACGGAGAGGCGUGAUCAAGGAGACAAGCAAAUCUCCUUGUAAUAUUCCUACUGUCCCAGAGACUGUCCUGAGAAAGAAAUGUCUUGGGAGAAAUCGCCAAGUCCGGACAGUCGUCAGAAUGCAGAGUGCGGUUCCAGGACUUCAUCCCGAGAGAGGUCAUCCCGAGAGAGUAGUUGCAAGGAGGACAUGUCGGAGGGACAUAACUCGACAUGUUCUCCACCCGAGCAAGCUGGAUGCGGAAGGGUAUCUCUCUCCAGUGUUUCUCCCGUCGGGGUGAAUUCUAGGAGGAAUAAACGCAAACAGAGCGAGCCUCGUCGACUUAGCACGAGUAGCCUCGUGGUCAAGGAGGAACCAAAAGACAGUCCGGCCCACCCGACUGACCAAGGCCGGCUGACCACCCGUGGACUGACCAUCGAGACAGAGGACGAUUAUCGAUACCACAACAGCAGUGUCGUUGGCAGUUCGGUGAGAGACCGCCAGCGGUAUCACCAUGGUCGCCACCACCCGCAGGGUUUGGACGAACUGAUACCUGCAACAAUGCUGUCCUUACAGGGUCACACUAGCCGCGCCAGCAACUCCAGCGAGGACAGUUUAGACUUGCAUCGGGUGGCAACUUCUACUGCUGUCCCAAUGCACUCCAUGAUGAGUAUGUAUAGAGGGGGUGACAGUGGGGGUCACGAUGGUGGUGAUGGAAUGAGUGGUGAUGAAGCCAAGAGUGACAUGGAUGACCAAGAUGAUCCUGGGUCCCACGGCACCUGUGCCGAGUCGCCAGAACUCAUGAUCGCCGAGGAAAGCGAUGCCAUGGACGGUAGCAGUCCCGGCAGCAACGCCCGGGAAAGCACCUCCCCGGACCCCGCCGCAAGUUCCUCCUCCAGAGCCGGUGGUUCCUCGGGGUCCCGCUCUAAGAAGACCUCCCGGUCUUACAAGAACCUCAGCAGGUCCCGUCGAAUCGUCGCCAAUGCCCGCGAGAGAAACCGUGUGCACACCAUCAGCGCAGCCUUUGAGGGUCUCCGGAGGGCUGUCCCUUCCUACUCACACAACCAGAAACUCUCCAAGUUGGCCAUCUUGAGAAUUGCAUGCAGUUACAUCCUGGCUCUUGCGAGCCUGGCUGAUAUGGACUAUUCCCCCGACCAUCAGCAAAUGUCUUUCAGCGAGUGCGUGGACAUGUGCACGAAAACAUUACAGUCGGAAGGAAGGUCAAAAAGGAGAAAGGUGCCGUUGGAAUGAGAGCGACGGACAUAUUUUCGUCUUCACAUCCACGUCUUGUUGUAGACGAUGGGCCUGGGAAGCCCGUCCCUCCAUUUUCAGCUGCCAUUUAAGACGAGAGGGCGCACUGCCAACCUGUUGGAGGUGGGAUCGCUGUCUUCAUCACACCCGUUUGGGAGACGGACCUGUCUGUGGUGGCGCAAACGAGACUCGUCUGAAGAUGCACGACCACUCGUCGAUCACGGAAGGACUUCGCCUGUUGACCCCGCAUUACCGUCACUGUCUCUGCAUUCACCGCUUGGAUCAAAGACUAACCAGUAAAUGGCAUUACAAUCACCGACAUUGCAGAUGGCAGGGCUGGAAAUAGUGACGUCACCGAGUACAAUCCUGCCCAAACCUUGGAUCCUCUGAUUUACAAACCCAAGCGGUUACCAAUUCCACAUUUAAUUUGCCAGUCAAGCGUGAAUGCAGUUAUGUUUAACAUGUCUUUGUCACCCGCAUCGUAUCCAGUUAAUUGAAAAAAGGACCUUGAUGCUACCAGCAUUGAAUAAAAGUUAAUUUUUGAUACUGCGGAUAUACGGUGGUAUGGUUAUGGGGCGUGCCGGUUCAACCGCUGCUUGAAUAUUUAAGCAAGGCUUUGCCGUAUAUUAUUGUAUAUUUCACGUAGUCUUUGCUGCGAAUUCGUUUCUCAGAGGGAAAUGACUGUAUCCAAACCACACUACGCAGAGGAUAGACUUAUCAGGUCCGUGAACUCUCAGCUGAGAGGGCGCUAGUCAAUUUUUUCAAGAGUAUUUUUUUAUAUCGAAUUUACCCCAUGUCUGGUGUCAUCUUGUCAGUAAGUCUUGUUAUGUGCAUAAAUUAGUGCAAAUAUUUAUGUUGUUGAGGACCAUGUUACUUAAAGACAUUAUUAUGAUAGUUGAGUAAUAAAAUCUACAUCUACGUCAUGUGCUUUCA